AACAGUGGACCAGGUUAAACCGCAUAUUAACAAGGUACGGCUUCAUAAUAAAUCAAAAUGCACUCGGAUAAUCGCUGUGUCCAUAAGAAGCAUCCGUGUCUUACUCUGUUCUCGCUGAUCAUACUUCUGAUUCUGCAAGAUCCCUCGUUCGUAGAAUGUUUGGUGGAUGACUUAGAAAGCGAAUGUAGCGAGCCGGCGGUCAUCCAGACCAAACGAGUACCACCAACUGCAGCCUUUCCGUUCCGCACGGAUGGACUCACCAGAGCAGAAUUCUGUCUGCGCUUCGUCCCGGAAACAAGCUGCAUCCCAACAAUGUUCGGCACAGUCUACGAAUUCGAUAAUUGCCACAAUGCAACCGAUAGCGAAAUUCGAGCGCAUCCUUGGGGAUCCAGCAUUGAGAAGACCUACAUUGAUUUCGACUGUAUUUGGAAAACUCGGAAGCAUAUGACAGUAAUAACGAAAGCCCUCGGUGGAAUGAGCCCCACGCGAGCACUAACGAUCGCCCUUUACGACCACGCAGACGACCAACGGCUGGCCAUUCACAAGGAUGUCAUCGAACCAGUACGAAACCAGGUGAUUCAGUUGUCCACGUUUUACUGCACAUCGCCAAAUAUCACGGCGAAAGUGUAUGCCAUGGGACCGCUGCCGAACUUGUUACAUUUCCAGUUAGGUUUAGAUUGUCAGGGUUUGAUUAUCAGAAAGGCCGACUUUUCGGGGAUGCCGCAAGUGCGUGUCAUCCAGUUUAUUUCCGCUACUACCAUAGCCGAAAUGGAGCCGUACACCUUCACCGAUCUGAAUAAUCUACAGAUUCUAACGCUGGAAGCCCAAAUUGUUGAUGUCCUGUAUACAAGCGCCGUGAAGGAUCACGGCCACGCCCUUGCUCGCGGCAGCUUGCCCGAUUACUUCUUCGAGCGCGCUCGCCGCCUGCACUGUGACUGUUCAUUCGCCUGGUUCCGGAAUUUCCUGAAGAAGAAACCGUACUUGACGGCGGCGAGGAAUGCAGGCAACCUUCUGACGGUUGGUAGUUUCAAGCUGCCGGAGAGCAAUAUCCGGGCUCCUGGAAGUUCCGCUAAUGUGACGGCACUCACACGUCGGGAUCUAGAAAAUGUCGACUUGUUCCAGCAUCAAUGGCCGCCGGUCCUCAGUGUCAACUGUGCUUUGGAUUUCAACUGGAGAAACACCCAGGCCGGGAACAAGUUUUCCUACAACACUGCCUGCUACAAUCUGGAUUGCUAGUUAAGCCCCAUAAAAGAAUGUUUCCCGAAAAUCAACUGCGAAUUGUUGUAAAAUUCCUUACAAAUGCUGCUUCUUAAAAUUGUUUAUUAAUGCUUACUAACUGCGUGCAAAGGGGGCUACUAACUGUAAAUGAGCGAUUGUUUUAAGCUCAAGGUAAGCGCAUCAACACAUGGACUGUGCGUCUGGGUCAAAGUUAAA